CAUUAAACUGGUUCUCUAAUGGACCACACAAACUAAUGAUCAAUUUCUUUUUUUAGUCUAACAUUAGCAAAAUAUUUGAAAAGUCCUGGUUAUAUACAAUUCAACAAUAAAAGAAAAGGUUAAACUGACAGAAGAAGUUUAAAAAAACUACAGUUAGAAAGCUGUCACUGCACUUUGAUGGUAUUACUCAAAAAGACUAUCAAGUGUUGAAGGUUUAACAAAGAGAAGAUAAGUUACAAGAACUAGAUCUACCAGAUGGAAUAGCAGAUAUUGUUUUUAAAAGUGAUGCAUUGAUUCUUGACAGGCUGUUAAUUUUAUAGAUGCUAAAGAUGACCUUGUUUUCGAUAUGACUAAGACUAACAGUGGAGUUAAAGUUAGAAAGGGAAAAAUACUCAACUACAUUAACAAAUCGAAGGAGACAUAUAAGAAUAAUUGCCCUUUCUACCUACAUUUUCAGGCAUUGGAGGAUGGACAAACAUUAAUCUUGCAAGACUUAAACAAUACACAUAAUCACGAAGUAUCUGAAAUUUUCUAUAAACACUUACCUAAUCAAAGAAGACUACCUGAUUAUGCUAUUGCUAAAGCAGAAACCUUGUUAGGUUUGAAAGCUAACAUUAAAUUACUUCAACGAGAAUUGCUAAAUGAGACUGGGAAAAUUAAAUAUUACAUGGCAGGUGCAUUUUUCAUCUAAGUAAUAGAUU